CCCCUUCUCUUUUCACACACAGGACGCCCAGGAGCCCUCCGUCUCAGAGAUGCCGCCGCUGCUGCUGUCCCUGCUGUGGGCAGGGUCCCUGGCUCAGGAUCGGAGAAUCCGGCUGGAGGUGCGGGGGCCCGUGACGGUGCAGGAGGGCCUGUGUGUCCGCGUGCCCUGCUCCUUCUACUAUCCCUGGAGCUACUGGGACAACUCUGCCCCAGCUUUUGGCUACUGGUUCCGGGAAGGGGCCAAUGAGAAGCUGGAUGCCCCCGUGGCCACAAACAACCCAGGUCGUAAAGUUCAGGAAGAGACCCAGGGCCGAUUCCACCUCCUAGGGGACCAUGGAGACAACAAUUGCUCCCUGGACAUCAGAGACGCCAGGAGGAGGGAUGAAGGUUCAUACUUUUUUCGUGUGGAAAGAGGAAGUGCACUAUGGAGUUAUAAGUCUAAGCCGCUCUCCUUGCAUGUGACGGCCCUGACCCACACACCCCACAUCCUCAUUUCUGGGACCCUGGAGUCUGGCCGCCCCGGGAAUCUGACCUGCUCUGUGCCCUGGGCCUGUGAGCAGGGCACGCCCCCCAUCUUCUCCUGGACGUCAGCUGCCCUCACCUCCCUGGGCCCGAGGACCCACCUCUCCUCAGUGCUCACCCUCACCCCACAGCCCCAGGACCACAGCACCAACCUCACCUGUCAGGUGAAGCUCCCCACAAGUGGUGUGAUCGUGGAGAGGACCAUCCAGCUCAAUGUCACAUGUGCUCCACAGAACCCAACAAGAGGUGUGUGCUUAGGGGAUGGGACAGGAAAAUCGGGGACCAGGGCAGGAGUGAUUGAGGGGGCCAUUGGGGGAGCUGGUGUCACCAUGUUGUUUGUUCUCUGCCUCUGCCUCGUCUUCUUCACAGUGAAGACCUACAGGAAGAAGGCAGCCAGGACUGCAGUGGGUGUGGAGGACGUCCACCCUGCCAUAGGGCCAACUUCCCUGCAACACCAGCAGGAGUCCACGUUAGAGGAUCCUCCUGACCCCACAAGCUCGGCAGGGGCCACCCCCACCUUGGGGAUGGAGCAGGAGCUGCAUUACGCCUCCCUCACCUUUCAUGGGGUGCAUCUUCAGGAGAGCACCCACUCAGAAUACGCGGAGAUCAGGACCAACCUGGCAGGACCCGUCCCCGUCUUGCAUGCAUGGAGCUUCCCCAGCUGCUCCUCCUGCAUCUCACACCCGACGGGGACUGACCGGCCCGAUUUCCUGCGGACAGAGGUGUGGGAGGGACAGGCUGUGGACCGGGACCCGGGAGACACCUUUGGGCUGUACUCGCUGCUUGUGACCCUCACCGGGGCCUCAUAUGGAAACCCCAUCACUCUUACUGCAAAGAUGCUGCUAUUACCACCACCGCCGCUGCUGCUGUCCCUGCUGUGGGCAGGGUCCCUGGCUCAGGGUUCGAGCUACUACUGGCUGCAAGUGCAGGAGUCCGUGACGGUGCAGGAGGGCCUGUGUGUCCACGUGCCCUGCUCCUUCCACUAUCCCCGGAGCUACUGGAACUACUCUGUCCCAGCUUUCGGCUACUGGUUCCAGAAAGGGGCCAGUAUCUACCAGGAUCCUCCAGUGGCCACAAACAACCCAGAUCGUGAGGUGCUGACGGAGUCCCAGGGCCGAUUCCACCUCCUUGGAGACCCCCGGGCCUACACCUGCUCCCUGGACAUCAGAGAUGCACAGAGGGGAGACACGGGGACAUACUUCUUUAGGGUGGAGAGAGGGCCUAUUGUGAGAUAUAGUUACGUAGAGAACAUGAUCUUCCUGCAUGUAACAGCUCUGACACAGACACCCGACAUCCACGUCCACGGGACCCUGGAAUCCGGCCGCCCCAGGAACAUCACCUGUGCAGUGCCGUGGGCCUGUGAGAGGGGGACACCCCACACCUUCUCCUGGAUCGGGGCUGCCCUCACUUCCCUGCACCCCACGAGUCCCCAUUCCCCAGGGCUCACCCUCGCCCUGAGGCCCCAGGACCACGGCACCAACCUCACCUGUCGAGUGACCUUGCCCGGAGCUGGCGUGAGCACGGAGAGGACCGCCAGGCUCAACGUGUCCUAUGCACCCCAGAAGCCGACCAUCAGAGUGUUCCGGAAAGAAGGCACAGGACCUGAAACUCUGGGCAAAAGCCUAUCUCUCCCAGUCCAGGAGGGCCAGUUCCUACGCCUGGACUGUGUCGCCAACAGCAACCCUCCGGCCACGAUGAGCUGGACCCGGGGGAGCCUGACCCUGAGCCCCUCAAAUUCCUCGACCCCUGGGGUCCUGGAGCUGCCCCGGGUGGAACUGGGGGACCAUGGGAAAUAUGUCUGCCGAGCUCAGCAUCCGCUGGGCUCCCAGGAAGCAUCUCUGAGCCUCGUUGUGAAAAACCCCCCGCAGCUGCUGGGACCCUCCUGCUCCCCGGAGGAUGAAGGUCUGCAUUGCAGCUGCUCCUGCCGAGCCCAGCCGGCCCCCUCCCUGCGCUGGCGGCUGGGGGAGGGGCUGCUGGAGGGGAAUUUCAGCAACGCCUCCUUCAAGGUCACCUCCAGCUCGGCUGGGCCCUGGGCCAACAGCUCCCUGAGCCUCAGCGAGGGGCUCAGCUCUGGCCUCAGACUCAGCUGCGAGGCCCUGAACGGCCACGGGAAACAGAGCGCCACUGUCCUGCUGCUUCCAGGGAGGCCAGCACCCAGGACCGGUGUGGUUUUGGGGGCCGUCGGGGGAUCUGGCGUCACAGCCCUGAUAGCUCUCUGCCUCUGCCUCAUCUUCUUUGCAGUGAAGAUCUACAGGAAGAAGUCAGCGGAGAAGGCAUCGAGCAGAGAUGGCGUCCGUCCAGCGUUGAGUUCCAUCUCUCUGGGUCACCUCAAUGAAUCCUGUUCAGACAGCCCCUCAGACUACCAGACCCCAGCUCCGGCCACCUCCACCUCAGGGAAGGAGCAGGAGCUCCAUUACGCCACCCUCAAUGUCCACAGGCUGAGGACCCACAACUUUCAAGACCAGGACACCACCGAGUACUCAGAGAUCAAGAUCCGGAAAUAAUGCCCCCGCCCCCAACCCCAGAACCAGGCUGGAGCCCAGAAAAUGCAUCUCUGAAGAAAAUGUGUGCCAGGCACCGAUUCUUGAAGACUUGACUGCCCUCUGAGCCAGAGCUUAUAAAUGAGAAUGUGAAGCUCCUUGGAGUGGCUAAAGGUCGCAGAGAGUCCUAGGUUCAAAUCCAGGCCCUGGUAACCCUAAGGGUGUUAUAUCAGGCAAGUCACUUUACCUCUCUGUGCUUCAGUUUCCUUCUCUGUAAAAUGGGGAUAAUAUCCAUUAGGUAUAUUGUUAAGUGGGGAAAAUGCACUUUGGGAGUUGUUAACUACAUUGUUAUGUGUUAAGUUUACCUCAGGAUGGAGGGAGAUGUCAGCUUUUGGCUCUACCACAUAUUUCUAUUUUGCCUGACUAUUUUUAAGAACAUGAAUUAUUUUUUGUUUGUUUGUUUUUCCGGGAGGGAGGAGAUGAAACAUGUAUUAUUUUUUUAAAGUAAACCUAAAUUUACCUCUCUGGAUGGAGAAGAUAUUUCCCAAUACAUGUAUCUAACAAAGGACACCUAGAAUAUAUAAUGAAUAUAUUUUUUUAAAUAACAAAUAAUUUAAAAAUAAAUUUGAGGGCUUCCCUGGUGGCACAGUGGUUAAGAAUCCGCCUGCCAAUGCAGGGGACACGGGUUCAAGCCCUGGUCCGGGAAGAUCCCACAUGCCGUGGAGCAACUAAGCCCAUGCGCCACAACAGGCUCGAGCCACAACUACUGAGCCUGCGAGCCACAACUACUGAAGCCCGCAUGCCUAGAGCCCAUGCUCCGCAACAAGAGAAGCCACCACAAUGAGAAGCCUGUGCACCGCAACGAAGAGUAGCCCCCACUCACCCUGACUAGAGAAAGCCCGCAUGCAGCAACAAAGACCCAAUGCAGCCAAAAAUAAAUAAAUUAAAAUAAUAAGAAUAAUAAAUAUAUAUAUAUAUAAAUUUUAAAAUAAAUAAAUAAAUAAAUUUGAAAAAAAAAUUAAAGGGAUAUGUAAAGAGCUCCCACAAAUCAAUUAGAAAAAGGCAGACAACCGAAUAGAAAGACAAGAUAGUCAAAUGGCCAAUAAGCAUACAGAAAAGUAUUCAACUUCUGUAGCUGUCAAGGAAAUAAAAAUUAAAAUCACAAUGGUGCCAACUGCAUAGUUACAUUGGCUAAGAUAAUAAAAAUAAUAUCAAGGAAAUCAAGUGUUGAGGAUAUUACGCUAAGUGAAAUAAACCAGUUACAGAAUGACAAAUGCUGCAUGAUUCCAGCUAUAGGAAGUAUUUAAAGAAAUCAAACUCUGAAACAGAAGGUAGAGGGGCCCUGGGGGAGACUCAGAGAAGGGGAGUUAGGAAGUUGCUAUUCAAUAGGUGUAGAGUUUCACUUUUGCAAGAUGAAAACAUUCUAGAGGUUUGAUGGCCAACAAUGAGCAUAUAAUUAACACUACUGUACCGUACACUUAAAAAUGGUUAAGAUGGUAAAUUUUAUGUUAUUUUUUUUUAACCACGAUUUUUUAAAAAGUACUAUAUAGUGGUUACCAGGGGCUGGGGACUGGGGGUGUCGGUGGACAGUUAAUGUUUAGUGGGUACAGAAUUCCAGUUUGGGAUGAUGAAAAAGUUCUAGAGAUGGAUGGUGAUGAUGGUUGCACAAUGUGAAUAUGCUUAAUGCCAUUGAAUUGUACACUUGAAACAUGGUUAAACCAGUAUGUCAU